GCCAGCGUAGACCCCAAACCAGCGGGCCCCGGGACUCGGCAUCGAGCGAGGGAGUUCGGCAGCGCCAACGGAGCCAUGCCUCUUAGACUUGAUAUCAAGAGGAAGCUAACUGCUCGAUCUGAUCGAGUUAAGAGCGUUGAUUUGCAUCCUACAGAGCCAUGGAUGUUGGCUAGUCUUUACAAUGGCAGUGUCUGUGUUUGGAAUCAUGAAACACAGACUCUGGUGAAGACAUUUGAAGUAUGUGAUCUUCCUGUUCGAGCUGCAAAAUUUGUUGCAAGGAAGAAUUGGGUAGUAACAGGAGCGGAUGAUAUGCAAAUUCGAGUCUUCAAUUAUAACACUUUGGAGAGAGUUCAUAUGUUUGAAGCACACUCAGACUAUAUUCGUUGUAUUGCUGUACAUCCAACUCAGCCUUUCAUUCUAACUAGCAGUGAUGACAUGCUCAUUAAACUAUGGGAUUGGGAUAAAAAAUGGUCUUGCUCACAAGUGUUUGAAGGACAUACUCACUAUGUUAUGCAAAUUGUCAUAAACCCUAAGGAUAACAACCAGUUUGCCAGUGCCUCUUUGGAUAGAACUAUCAAGGUAUGGCAGCUUGGUUCUUCCUCACCUAACUUUACUUUGGAGGGACAUGAGAAAGGAGUGAAUUGCAUUGAUUACUAUAGUGGUGGUGACAAACCAUAUCUCAUUUCAGGAGCAGAUGACCGCCUUGUUAAAAUAUGGGACUACCAGAAUAAAACAUGUGUGCAAACACUAGAAGGACAUGCUCAGAAUGUGUCUUGUGCCAGUUUUCAUCCUGAGUUGCCAAUCAUCAUCACAGGUUCAGAAGAUGGAACAGUUCGUAUUUGGCAUUCAAGUACCUACCGUCUGGAAAGCACAUUAAACUAUGGAAUGGAGAGAGUGUGGUGUGUGGCCAGUCUCAGGGGGUCCAAUAAUGUUGCUUUGGGAUAUGAUGAAGGCAGUAUCAUUGUUAAGCUUGGCCGAGAAGAGCCUGCUAUGUCCAUGGAUGCCAAUGGAAAGAUUAUUUGGGCAAAGCACUCUGAAGUCCAACAGGCCAAUCUGAAAGCAAUGGGAGAUGCUGAAAUUAAAGAUGGAGAAAGAUUGCCCCUUGCAGUCAAAGAUAUGGGAAGUUGUGAAAUAUAUCCUCAGACCAUUCAGCAUAACCCUAAUGGACGAUUUGUUGUGGUGUGUGGUGAUGGUGAAUAUAUCAUCUAUACAGCAAUGGCACUUAGAAACAAGAGCUUUGGUUCAGCACAAGAGUUUGCUUGGGCUCAUGAUUCUUCAGAGUAUGCAAUAAGAGAAAGCAACAGUGUAGUGAAGAUAUUUAAGAACUUUAAAGAAAAAAAAUCAUUUAAGCCUGAUUUUGGCGCUGAAGGUAUCUAUGGAGGUUUCUUACUGGGAGUCAGAUCUGUAAAUGGCUUAGCAUUCUAUGACUGGGAAAACACAGAACUGAUACGCAGAAUUGAAAUUCAGCCCAAACAUAUCUUUUGGUCUGACUCUGGUGAGCUGGUCUGCAUUGCCACUGAGGAAUCAUUCUUUAUCCUUAAGUAUCUGUCUGAAAAAGUUUUAGCUGCACAGGAAACACAUGAGGGAGUUACUGAAGAUGGCAUUGAAGAUGCCUUUGAGGUCCUUGGGGAGAUUCAGGAGAUUGUCAAAACUGGCCUGUGGGUAGGCGAUUGUUUUAUUUACACAAGUUCUGUAAACCGAUUAAAUUAUUACGUUGGAGGAGAAAUAGUCACCAUUGCCCAUUUGGACAGAACAAUGUACCUGCUGGGUUAUAUUCCUAAGGACAACAGACUUUAUCUGGGUGAUAAGGAGCUGAACAUUGUUAGUUAUUCUUUGUUGGUGUCGGUGCUAGAAUACCAGACAGCUGUAAUGAGGAGAGACUUUAGCAUGGCUGACAAAGUCCUCCCUACCAUUCCAAAAGAACAGAGGACCAGAGUUGCCCACUUCCUGGAAAAACAGGGCUUCAAACAGCAAGCUCUUGCGGUAUCUACAGAUCCUGAACAUCGAUUUGAGUUGGCUCUUCAGCUUGGAGAGUUGAAAAUUGCAUACCAGUUGGCAGUAGAAGCAGAGUCAGAACAGAAGUGGAAACAACUUGCCGAACUUGCCAUUAGUAAAUGCCAGUUUGGCUUAGCCCAGGAGUGUCUGCAUCAUGCACAAGAUUAUGGAGGUUUGUUGCUUUUGGCCACUGCAUCAGGAAAUGCUAGUAUGGUGAAUAAACUAGCAGAGGGUGCUGAGAGAGAUGGCAAGAACAAUGUCGCGUUUAUGAGCUAUUUUCUACAGGGAAAGCUUGAGUCUUGUCUGGAACUCUUGAUUAGAACUGGACGUUUGCCUGAAGCUGCUUUCUUAGCUCGGACAUAUUUACCAAGUCAGGUUUCAAGGGUGGUCAAACUGUGGAGAGAGAAUCUCUCAAAAGUCAAUCAGAAAGCAGCUGAAUCCCUUGCUGAUCCCACAGAGUAUGAAAAUCUUUUCCCUGGGUUGAAAGAAGCCUUUAUUGUUGAAGAAUAUGUGAAGGAAACCCAUACAGCCCUUCGACCUGCCAAAGAAUAUCCACUCGUCACUCCAAAUGAAGAAAGAAAUGUGACAGAAGAAGCUAAAGGCUUUCAACCCUCAGGAAUUAUGAUGACCCAGGAAUUUGAUGAAGAGGAACCAACUUCUCCUGCUCCAGUCAUAGUGAAUGCAGUUCUAGCAAGUUCAGAACCAGUCCCAACUACAAAAGAGGAAAAGAGUCUACUUGAAUUGGAUGAUUUGGAUAACUUGGAUCUAGAGGAUAUUGACACAACAGAUAUCAAUUUAGAUGAAGACAUUUUGGAUGACUGAACUUUUCCAUUUCAUUGACCACAAACAGAUCAUAAAUAUGCAUUAUUUCCACUUUUAUUCUGGACCACGUUGUUUCGGACUAUGAAAAACCAAGUUAAUUUUAUACUUAGAAUCUGCUUUGGACCCUUUGGAGCAGAAGUAUGCAACAUUAAAUCAUUAUGUGUUCCUGGUUAAUUUUGUUAACUAGAAUAUGAAACCAUGGCUCUAAUUUUUCAUAUUGUCAUUAGGCCAUAAAAUCUCUUCAACUAAUGGA